CCUGCUUUGUCUGGCAUUUCCGUUUGAAAGAAAUUUCCGGUCAAAAAAUUAUUAAUUAACGAAGUUUUCUUAGAAGAUAUCGCACGACGAGCCAUUGUAACGUUCUGGACACAAAUAUUUAGGUUUGUGUGCCUGUAGUCCAGUCUCUAUGGAGGGGGACAAUAAUACCAUCACCGUCACCAUGACGGAGGACGGAUACAUCUCCAUGUCAAUGAAACAUCCUGAAGGGGAGGUGGAGGAGGACCUUGGUGAGGAUGAAGAACCGCCCAUGAAACAGCUCAAACUUGAACUGGACGAGACAGAGGCCAUUGAAGAGGCAGCUCCCCAGGAAGUACAGAUAGAGGAAGUGCAGAUCUCCCAGGAAGUAGAACCUGACAUAACUGAGGCACAGGAAGUCUCCCUAGCUGACGGGGUGGUGUAUGAGGAAGAGGUUGUUCAACAGACCAAUCAGCAGCCAGCACCACAUUACCAGAACCUUAUCAUUCAACACAUGGACAUCGCUGAACCUCUUUCCACGCUCAAAUCAUUACUUGAAAUGAGGCUUCAGUGUUCACUGGCUGAGCAUCAGUUCUUCUUACAAGACACAAUAUUGCUGGACACAUACAAGAGUUUAGUUGACCAGUGUGUUCAAGGAGAAGGCAUGGUACAGAUUAACUUGGAAGUAAAGUCCCAGCCAGCAGGUGUGAAACCAAAGAUAAAUAUCGUUGAUAUCCUCAAGCCUGCAGAUGAGGUGGAACCACAGGUUGAACCAGCAGCCCCAACACCUCCAGCUGUCCAACAGAAGACAGUAUCUCCUGCCAAAGUUGUUAUACCUUUGCCAGAAGAGUCCGAAAAUGUCACUCGAUGGAUUGUCGACCAGCAUUUCCGAAGGGAACAAGAACGACUGAAAAUUCCAUUCGAUCCAGUCCAAUGGAGUGAAGUUCAUGUCAAACACUGGAUCGAGUGGGCGAUGAAGGAGUUCCAAUUAGACGGAGUGAAUGCAGAUAUGUUUAGUAUCAAUGGCAAACAGCUGUGUGAACUCUCACACCCAGAAUUUAUCAAACUUAUCCCUAAUGACAAAGGAGAUGUGUUUUGGACUCAUUUGGAACUGCUCAGAAAGUGCAAGUUUGUUGCUGUGAUGCAGCAACCUACCCCACAUGCAAUCACAACCAUCACAGUUUCAACAUCAGGAGGACAGGAUGGUCGUGUGCGGACAAUCAAACAUCAUCGACCUCGAUCUCCUCGAAUCACCGGUGAUGAAAGACUAUCCUCUCCUGGUAACAGAACAGGAAACAAUGGUCAGAUUCAGCUUUGGCAAUUCCUACUGGAGCUUCUCACUGACAAGGAUUGUCGGGAAGUGAUCCAGUGGCUGGGAGACGAUGGAGAAUUCAAACUGAAUAACCCCGAAAUGGUGGCACAGAUGUGGGGUCAGAGAAAAAACAAGCCUACAAUGAAUUAUGAGAAACUGAGUCGUGCCCUCAGAUAUUAUUAUGACGGAGAUAUGAUUGCAAAGGUACACGGGAAGAGAUUUGUGUACAAGUUUGUGUGUGACCUGAAGAUGCUGCUCGGAUACUCAGCAGCUGACUUAAACAGACUUGUCACUGUGUGUGCAGAGAAAAAACUACAGCGAGUACGUGAAUCGUUAAGACCAGGCGUAACGGAACGUCUCGGCACAAAACUGAUAACAAUGACUCAAACAACUGUUCAAACAAUGGAAUAGCAUCCACUGAUGUCUCAUCUGUAUUAUAGUCUGUUUCCUAUUGUUCAUUGUUCAUAGUCUGUUUCAUAUUUCUGACCAGUGAAUGCCUGUUAUGUAUGUGACCAUAUUUCCUUUUUGACCAUAUAUAUGCCUGUUAUGGUCUGUUUCACAUUUGACCACAAGAUGCCUAAUUUUGGUCCUGAAUCAUGUAUGCCUGUUAUAGUUUGUUUCAUAAUAACAAUUUGACCAUGAAUGUAAGUUGUGUGUGUCAUGCAAAUUGUCUUAAUACAGUCUUAGAAAAUUUCACUGAUAGGGCUGAUGAUUACACAACUCCGUGACGAAUGAUUGCUAGAUGUUACUGGUAUCAGGGCCAAGUAUUUCAAGAAAAAGAAAAUGAUAAUAUGAUGAGGUGAUUAUAGAGUAAAGGAGGGUGAUUUUAAAUUGUGAAUCAAUAUUGUCUACCGAUGAGGAAUAGCAUAUUUAUGAGUUAAGAAAAAAACAUUUUUAUCAUCACCUGUUUUCCUUGGAUUCGUAUCAGAUAUACUGCAAUAAGUUUUCUUGUUGUCAGUCUUUUACAAUAUAUAAAUCAGAUAAAAUAAGAAGUCCUUUGUAUAAUAUGGUUUCUAUUCAGAAUUAACAGUUUAAAGUUUUAGUUUGUGUAUUAUUUUCAGUUUAUAUACAGUUACUUUCCAGUUCGAUUAUAACGGAGUUUGUGUUUAAUUUGAAAUUUGCAGAUUGUUUCUUUGUGUGCCGCAAUGGGUGAAUGUGUAUAGUCUGUUUCAUGUUGGGUGAAUGCGGGUUUAGUCUGUUCCAUGUUAUUGACCAGGCCAUGUUUGUUACCAAGUCUGUUAACUUUUUUAUACGCAUGUUUGUGAGUGAGAUUGUUAUGAGUGAGAUUGUUAUGUGUAAUUGGUAUUUAAAGAACCAUGAUAUUUAAUGAUUACAAACUCAUAGGACUUUUGAUUGCUAAAGUCAUGUGAUUUGAAUGAUAAAAUUGUCAUGUGACCUUUAUUUUAGGUCACAUGACUUCAUGACAGAGUUGAUGUGACCCCCGUGGCACAUUAACACAUGAAUUUAGUGCUGUAUAUUACUGUAAACAUUGAGUCUUCACAAUUCUCAGAUUUCAGAAAAUGUUAAAUUGAACAUAGGAAAUUUGCCAUGGUGGUUUUAAAUGUUGGUUUAAGAUAACAUCCCAAAAUCAUAUUUAUGAAAUAGAAUUGAUCAAGUUUAUUUGUAGUAACAAAUUUUCUGAAAUCAAAAUGCUGACACAAUUUACACAUUGAUGUUAAGGCUUGGCAGAGAUCCCAAUGAUACUUUAAUACAUGUACAUUGGUGUAAAAUCUAGGCUUAAGUGAGGUUCAGUUCUCGUGGUAUAUCAAAAAAGACUACUUUUCAUGGACACUGACUUUUGAGAUAGAUGUUUACAUUUCAUGGACUUAUAAAUGUGUAGAUUAAGAUUACUUGAGAAGUCAACAGAAAUAAUCCCCCGGGAUAAUGAAUGGUUUAACGGAAUACAUCUGCUUCAUAAACAGAUUUGAGGGAUAGGGUUGACCCAUAUGAACCUUUGGAGUACACAAGUAUAUAGCAUUACAAAUCACUGAUUUAUCUGUUGCACAUAUAGAAGUGUUUAUUAGGCAUUCAGUAUAAAGACAUUAUAGAUUUUUCAAUUCUGAUUUGAUUUAUUCUGUUAUUGAUUUUUUUGCUUGUGAAAGUAAUCAAGCACAUAUUUCAGAAUGACAAAUAUUAUACAAGAUGUUAAAAGUUAAUUAUGAUUCUAUUUGACAGUUUUAUAAAUUCUGAAAAAUUAUACAGAUUAUAAUUUAUCUGAUGU